AUGCUGGGGGUGUAUUCGAAUCAAUUAAUACGGGGUAUUUCGAGAACCAUUCCUCGAGCAUUUGCAGCGUGUUUUGCAAGUGCACCCGGAGCUCCCGAAACUAUUUCGGAGAAAUGGCCUCCAUAUAACGUUUGCUCUCUCCCUUUCAAUAUCAAACCAAAUCCAAAUCACAUUAAACUGAAAGAGCCGCACAAGAGGGCAAAUUCGCUGAUUCGGCAGCUGUCGAUUGAGGCUGCGGAGAGCGCGCGAAAGAAUAUGGAUUUUGAUAGUUUUAAACCGGGUGAUGCGAUUGAGGUGACUAUGAAGAAGCGAAAUGGAAGCAAAACGGAAGAGGUAUUUAGAGGAAUCUGCGUGGCAAAGCACAACGAUUACUACAACUCUACAUUCACGAUUCGUUGCAAUAUCGCAGGAGAGGCUGUUACGAUUUUGUACUCGACGUACCAGCCCGACAUCAAGUCCGUGAAGCUAAUCCAGGAGUCGUAUUUGAACAAGGCGAAGAAGCGAACGCACAAGGCGAAGCUGUAUUAUCUGAAGGACAAACCGAUUCUUGACAUUCGAAUUGCCAGUAAUUACGUGCCGGAAAGAAAGUAUAUCGAUAAGAAGAAGAACAACGAGUGGCUGAUUAGCAGAGGAAAGAAGCCGGAAGAUUAA